AUGGAUUUUACCAAGAUAUACACAUUCGUUGGUAUACUAUUCACAGUGUUUUUAUUCCGUAGAUUCUUCGGCUCCUAUUUUAACACAAUGGCGUCUCCAGAAACUGUUCAAAAAGUUAAAGCUUUGAUCAAGGACAACAAGAUCUUUGUUGCCUCCAAGACAUACUGUCCAUACUGCCAAGCUACUAUCAAGUUGUUGUUCGAGGACAAGAAACUGAGCAAGGAACAAGUUCACUUGUUGCAGUUGGACACAAUGAAAGAGGGUGCCGAAAUUCAGGACGCUUUGCAAGAAAUUACUGGGCAAAGAAGCGUGCCAAACAUCUUCAUCAGUGGCAAACACAUCGGUGGCAACAGCGACUUGCAAGCUUUGGAGUCUAGCGGUAAGUUGGACGCUCUUUUGAAGAAGGCUCUUGCUUAG